UUGUCAAAAUGGCGACCUCUUCGGUUGACGCGUCCGUGGAAGCUGCCGUCGUCGAUGAUUCGAUCCUACAGAGCUUCUUCACUGAGGUGAAGGAAAUCGAGAAGCGAGACUCUGUUCUCACGCCCAAACAACAGAUCGAUCGGCUGCUGCGGCCGGGCUCUACAUAUUUCAACCUGAACCCCUUCGAGGUGCUGCAAAUCGACCCAGAGGUACCACUGGAAGACAUCAAGAAGCAGUACCGCAGGCUCUCCAUCCUGGUGCAUCCAGACAAGAACCCAGACGACCGGGAACGAGCACAGAAGGCCUUUGACGUGCUGAAUAAGGCCAACAAGAGCCUGGAGGAUGAGGAGCAGCGACAGAGGGCGCUGGACAUCAUCGAGGAGGCCAAGGGUCGCACGGACAUGAUGAUCGAGGAGAAGCGGCGCAAGCAGCGCAAGAGCGGCAAGGGGGACACAGUAGAAGAGGACGACCCGGCCAAGUACAAGCAUGCAGUCUACGUGCUCACGACCAAGUUGUUUGCAGACAUGGAGCGCAAGCGGCGACAACAGGAGGACAGAGACCAAGAAGAAAGGAAGCGCAAGCGGGAGCAAGAGCUCGCAGAGGAGGAGCAACAGAAGCGGGACCGGGAGUGGCACAAGAACUUCGAGGAGAGCCGGGAGAAUCGAGUGACGAGUUGGAAGAGCUUCCAGACAGGCAAGAAGACCAAGCUCUUCAAGCCGCCCAAAUACAAGGCGGAAACUCGUUGAGCGUCCGUGCGUCGACGCCACACCACCACCACCACCAAAUAAAACUCAGUCGUACAUCA